CCUGACUACCCUGCAAUUAAUUUCUGCCGAGUCCAUCUUUCAAAUAUCAUUUUCCAUCCUCCUCUGAUGAUCGGAAAAGUGCCAGUCACUCGUCCUUGCCUUCCACCACCGCCGAGCCACAGAGUCUCUCCUCAGCCAAAUACCACCAUGGACAAGAUCAAGGAAGUCCGUGUUUUUCCAUGUGUCUUCGUCUCUCGUGCUCAUCGCACCUGUAGAGAAUGACUGCUUUGCGUAAUGAAGCAGACGCCGCGGCCGAGCGGGCAGAAGCUGCGGAAGCCAAAAGCAAAUCGCUGGAACUAGAACUGUACAAGAAGGACCAGGAAAUCACGUCUUUGAACCACAGAGUAUCUGUCCUUGAAGCAGACCUGGAGAAGGCGGAGACAAAGGUCACCGAGCUCAAGACAUCUUCUGAAGACAGCGCACACUCUAAAACAACAAGCGAGAACCUUAUUCGCAAAGUUGCAUUGCUUGAGGAGGAACUAGACGCGACAGAGAAGAAUGUCAAGGAAACGAUGGAGAAACUGCGGCAAGUAGACGUCAAGGCAGAGCACUUUGAACGCCAAGUCCAGCGGCUCGAACAGGAACGUGACAAUUGGGAGAAGAAGUACGAGGAAAUGCAAGCCAAGUACAAGGCCUCCAAAGACGAACUGGACGAAUUGGUAAAAUCCAUGGAUCUCAUCUAA